AUGGGUGGUGGUAAGGGUGGUGCCGACUUUGACCCCAAGGGCAAGUCUGACAACGAGAUCCGUCGCUUCUGCUACGCCUUCAUGAAGGAGUUGAGCAGACACAUUGGUGCCGACACUGAUGUUCCCGCUGGUGACAUUGGUGUUGGUGGCCGUGAGGUCGGUUACAUGUUCGGUGCCUACAAAUCCAUCCGCAACCAGUGGGAGGGCAUCCUCACUGGCAAGGGCGGCAGCUGGGGUGGUUCUCUGAUCCGUCCCGAGGCCACUGGUUACGGUCUCGUCUACUACGUUGAGCACAUGAUCCAGUACGCCUCUGGCGGCAAGGAGUCGUUCGCCGGCAAGCGCGUCGCCAUCUCCGGUUCCGGUAACGUCGCCCAGUACGCCGCCCUCAAGGUCAUCGAGCUCGGUGGUACCGUCACCUCGCUCUCCGAUUCCAAGGGUGCCAUCAUUGCUACCAGCGAGAAGGGCUUCACCCCCGAGAUCAUCGACGUCAUUGCCGACCUCAAGCUCAACCGCAAGGCUCUCAGCGACCUGACCAACAGCUCCGAGUACGGCAGCCAGUUCAAGUACAUCGAGGGUGCCCGUCCCUGGAAGCACUGCGGCCAGGUCGACGUUGCUCUUCCUUCAGCCACCCAGAACGAGGUCUCUGCCGAGGAGGCCGAGGCUCUCAUCUCGCAGGGUGCUAAGUUCAUCGCCGAGGGUUCCAACAUGGGUUGCACCCAGGAGGCCAUCGACAUCUUCGAGGCUUCGAGAAAGGAGAAGAAGGGCUCUGCCAUCUGGUACGCUCCCGGAAAGGCCGCCAACGCCGGUGGUGUUGCCGUUUCGGGUCUCGAGAUGGCACAGAACUCGCAGCGCCUGAAGUGGACCAGCGAGGAGGUCGACGAGAAGCUCAAGCAGAUCAUGAAGAACUGCUUCGAGAACGGUCUUGAAACUGCCAAGGAGUACGUUACUCCCAAGGAGGGCGAGUUCCCUUCGCUGGUUGCCGGUAGCAACAUUGCUGGCUUCAAGAAGGUGGCUCAGGCCAUGCACGACCAGGGUGACUGGUGGUAA